AUGACUUCCGGAAUGAAAGACAUAGUUAAUCUUCCGGUCUAUUGGGCCGCGCUUCCACUCUUACUCCUGGCAACGUUUCUUGUCAACACCAUAAUCCAACGUGGGAGCGCUCCUCUGUCAGCUCUCCCAGGACCAUUGGCCUCAAAGUUUACAGACAUUAUUCUGAAGUACCACUGGCUUACAGGCAACAGAGCCAAGUACGUCCACUCAUUGCACGAAAAAUAUGGCCCAGUAGUUCGUGUCAGCCCGAAUGAGGUCGACAUCAGCAGUUAUGCUGCCGCAAAGGAGGUUCAUAGUAUCGGAAGCCCCUUCGUCAAGUCAGAGUUCUACCGCCAUCUGACUCGAUAUGACGUCCAGAAUUUGUUCAACACAGGUGAUCCUAAGUUCCACAGCGAGCGACGACGACUGCUCGCAUCACCCAUGUCCAACUCUUCAAUAAAGCUCAUGGAGCAUUCGAUUGAUGCACGUGUGCGCCUUGCUAUUAGAAGGAUAGAGGAAGAGAUGGAGACGCGUCGUGCGGUGGAUGUGUACAAGUGGUGGCUGUUUAUGUCCACCGAUGUUAUUGGGGAACUGUGUUUUGGGGAUUCUUUUCGGAUGUUGGAGCAUGGAAAGAAAACCCAAUAUUCCAGGGACCUCGAGUCCGUGUCCGCCAUGGAAGCAGUUAGGGUUGCCUUCCCAGGUAUGGUCAGCCUGGCGAGUGUGGUUCCUUUCCCAGUUUUCCGCAAAUCUGCUGAAGCGGGUCAACGCAUGGAGGAAUAUGCAACCGAGUCAGUCCAUCGAUACAAGAAAUUAAUGGCCGCUGACCCCAAUCCGAAGCCAACACUCUUCACGAGGCUGUUUGGGGCCGGAAAAGAAGGCCUUCCGGACAUGGAAAUCAUCAAUGAGGCUAUCAGCUUUAUCAUUGCCGGCAGCGAUACAACAGCAACGACCAUGACCUAUCUGGUAUGGGAGGUCUGUCGGAACCUUCAUAUCAAAAAGUCGUUGGUACUGGAACUAGCCAGUCUUCCGAAUGAUUUUCAGCAUGAUGACCUUCGCUCGUUGCCGUACUUGAACCAAGUGAUCACAGAGACCUUGCGCCUAUACACUGGUGUCCCGUCUGGCUUGCCUCGUGUGUCGCGACAAGCAGCUAAUCUAAGCGGGCAUUACAUUCCCGCUGGUGUGACUGUUACAACUCAGGCGUACAGUCUUCAUCGGGAUCCUGAUGUCUUCACUGAUCCAGAGAGAUUCAACCCAUCUCGCUGGGAACAACCUACUAAACCUAUGGAGGACGCCUUCAUGCCUUUCGGUGGUGGUUCUCGUACCUGUAUAGGUAUGCAUUUGGCUAGGGCUGAGCUUCGACUUGCAACUGCCCGCUUUUUUCGGAUGUUCCCCAAGGCAGUUGUCUCUACGGAAGAGGGAAUGGGUGCAGAUGAUAUGGACCAGGUAGCCUAUUUCCUGAUGUCACCGAAGGGUAAACGGUGCUUAGUGCAGGCCUGGUAG